CCCGCUGUUCACCGUGUCGGUGCUGAGAUCUUGACCUGGACUGGCGCCUGAAAGAUUGGCGCGAGUCCAGGAGGGGAACUCGGCCAAACUCCCUGGGCACACCAACAGAGGCUGUCGCGCUCCUCGCCCCGCCCCGCCUGAGCCAGCACCAGCAUGGUCUACCCCGGCCCGCCCAGGAGCCUGUUUAAGGCCCAGGCAGCGGUGCUGGCCGAAAUCAAAGGAGGAGACUGGCGCACCUCCCUGCGGCGCGUGGACACCGUGCGGACCACCGAUAUGGCAGGCGGCGUGCGGGAGGAGUCGUGGCCAGGGCUGCAGCCCCCAGAGCACUCUCCGGAGGAGCAGGCAGCGCUGGCGGCGCUCGCCGCGCUGCGCCUGCGCGCCAAGAACGACUGCCUGCCAUGCCGGGUCGCACCCGGCCUCUACAUUGGCGGCGCGGGAGCGGCGCGCAACCUGAAAGCACUGCGCAAGCGCGGCAUCACCCACAUCGUCAAUGCCGCCCCCUCCGUGCCCUGCCACUUCAAGGACAACCCAGAGGGCUGCUUUGCCUACCUGUCGCUGCCGCUGUUUGACGACGCUGACGCGGACCUGUUGGCGCAUGUGGACGCCUCCAAUGCCUUCAUCUCGGCGGCGCGCCGCUGUGGCGGCAGCGUGCUGGUGCACUGCUACGCGGGGCAGAGCCGGUCUGCGGCGCUGGUCAUCGCCCACCUGAUUGCCAGCCAAGGGCUGGGGCUGAUGGAUGCCUGGGCCGCCACGCGGCGCGCUCGUCCCUGCGCGCAGCCCAACUCUGGCUUCCUGCGGCAGCUUGCUCUGUACGCCAAGCGCACCAGCCGUGGCCCCGCGGAGGCCGGCUGCAGCCCCGGCACCUCGCCGAGCGGCUCUGAGAGCGAGCUGGUGCUGACGCAGUGAGCACUCGGCACUCCUCGCGGCUUUGGCCGGCUGCCUCCUGCACGCCCGUCCCCACCUUCUGUUUCUUGAGCGACGCAAGCCCCGCCGGCCCUCCCUGAGGCCCGCCUGUACUGUACCAACCCCAGGCCCCAUCUAGCCCCUCUCCCGCUUCUCUGUUUCAUUCCUCCCAUGCCGUUCUCGGCACCCCUCGCCCACCCCACCUGUACGGGGCCAUGCGGGCCAGUAUUCUCUAUUGUGUGCCGCUAUGCACCGCAUGCCACCUUUGCCAGGCUUUUUGCACCUGCCCCUGCGGCUGCUGCGCGACCCCCACCGCGAGUGUGGCACACGCUCGCCUGUACCACCAACACCUCCUCUGCCUGUACCACAUCCCGCUUCCUCCUGCCGGAUCUUACCCCCCUCCCCCUCCCCACCCCAUCGCGCACUGCCCCUGUGCGAAUUUUGCCCCAUGCCAAUCCCGUGUGUCUCUGUGCAUUGAAUCGUCCUGCAGUCGCCUGGCACACCCACAUUGGUGCAGCAUGCCAACCCCCGCGCUGCGUUGUAUCCAGAGCGCCAGGCGCCUGAUCGCCCCCCGUCUAUCCUGCAAUCCAACCGGACCAUUUCAUGCUGUACACCAAAACGCUUUCCACCUGAUCAAGACAUUUAGCGUAACCUGCCAAGAUA